CACCUUAAUGGGUAAUGAAAGUUCUCUACAGAGUUAUCACAUUGACUAUGCCACCAUACAAAAUAACAUCAUGGCUGUCAAGACCAAAUACUUUCAGAUUUUUAGGACAGAAAAUCUCCUUGAUGACUGUCAAGAUACUUCAGGUUUGACACUGAUCUCCACAAAGUUGAUUGGUAGCUCGACACCGAGAGCCGUUGCUAACCCCGAUCAGUGUUAUUAUGAAUGUGAUCAACUUCCGGCGUGCGUAGCUGUGACAAUUUGUCCUGGGUGUGACAUUGGAAACGUCAGCAACCAUUGUCAAAUAUUUAGUGCUGUCGAAAUCCAGAGUGCAGUGACCGACCGUAUGUGGAAGACGACACUAUUUGUUAAUAAAAUGGAAACAGUUGUAAGGCUUCAAAACACAACGGUUGUUGUCAACAGAUAUUCCAAGACUGACAUCCCCACCAUCACCUCCAUAGACGACUGCUACCCAUCUUGUAUUGAAGAUGCCAAAUGUUUUGCCUUCACCCUAUCGAAGGUCUCUGAGUCCACAAUUAAAUGCACGCGCCACACAGGUUCGCUUCUGUCCCUGACACAGGGAACAGGUGUUAGCGUGUACUUCGUCUCUCCGCUGGUGAAGAGAUUAAUCAGAAGUCAACAGACGAAAGGACUUGUUACAUCCACCAUGAAAAACGACUGGUACGACGAGGUCUGUGUCAUCGACAAUGAGUGUCGUCAGAACAACUCGAUGUGCUUUUUAAACAGGUGCCUCUGUCGACCAGGGUUCUUCUUCUCACCACGUGACAAGACGUGCUCUGACACAUGUAGUCCAGCCGACCUGCAAACCACCUUCGUGGAGUAUCCUGAGAGCGGAAUCAGGGGACAUAAUAUCGUGGCUCGGGAUGGAGUUAAUUUGCAGACGUGCAAAGCUCUGUGUAACAGCAUCAGAGAUUGUUGGUCCUUUGAUUUCAGAGCCACAGGAGGGCGCUGCCUGCUUCAUGACAUCGUCUCACGAGACGGUUUUUCCUAUCCACAAACGAGUAGAGGUUGGACCCACUACCAAAGAACCUGUUUGCAGUCUCCUGCCUCAUACCCUGGACCUGUGUGGUACAACGCACUUUGCAACGAAAACGCGGAUUGCCCGGAUCCCAACAGCCGGUGCGUCUCCAGAAAAUGUUUGUGUAAUAGAGGAUUUGUAUUCUUGGAAACCGAUACUAAGUGUCAUGCUGCAGAGUCAUGUCUAGAUUGGAAAAGAAAUGGAGGCCAGUCAGGUGUUUACUUCAUUCAACUGCCAGGAAAGAAGGAGCAGCUAAGAGUCUGGUGUGACAUGGACACUGACAAUGGCGGCUGGCUGGUUUUCCAGAGACGUCGUGACGGGUCUGUGGACUUCUCCAGGAACUGGGAGGAAUAUGAAAAGGGCUUUGGUGACAUCACGGGGGAGUUUUGGCUGGGUUUAUCGAACCUGUACACGCUGACCAAAGACAAACCACACACACUUCGUAUUGACCUCGGACUAGCUAAUGGUCAACGUUCCUAUGCUAACUACGCAGAAUUCAGGGUGAACGGUCCUGAGACAAGCUACACACUCCACGCGUCUAACUACUCGGGUAAUGCAGGAGACAGCUUAUAUCGUCACCACACAAUGAAGUUCUCAACCUAUGACCAAGACAACGAUAAUUCAUCUCAUCAUCAUUGUGCUCGACAAUUUUAUGGAGGCUGGUGGUUCUUGUCUUGCCAUCCUGCUAACCUCAACGGACGCUAUGGGGCCGGUCUUUGGGAGGGCGUGAUUUGGAACAUCAAAGCUGACUUCACAUUCACCGAGAUGAAACUCAAAGAAGUGUGACAAGGCGCCCUCUGCCUGUAGGUGGUGAUGAUCGUUGUCUUCUUUAUUACCAUCAAUGUAUUCAAUGACAUUACAGCAACCACACCUGAGUUUACCAGUGUUUCCCAGUCCGCUCCAGACACUUCAAUACUUUCUCUGCACAUGUGUGCGUGUAGUGUCAUAAAUAAAGAAUAAAGCAAUUGGUAAACGAAUAUUUGUUUUUUAUUUUUUUAAGUCUGUGUCUUACGCGACACAAUGCAAUGACUGUGGUUUUAUAUUGUCUUUUACUAUUACAAUUUAAAGCAUCAUCAGUGGCAACAUCAGUACUGUGUAAUGUGAUGUCUAGUAAAAGCAUUGGCUGUCAUUCUUAAAGGCAAACAUAGAGAAAAUAACAAGUAAAAACCAACAUAACUGGUGUUCUACGGUUAACAUAAACACAAAAAUUGCUUUAGGCUUCCCAAGUCGUGUGUAUUCUCUGUACCAAGCCAUAGACUAUCACGAGACAUUACACAUAAACCACUGUAGAUGUAUGAUUGACGUAUUUUGCUGUGGUGAAAGAGAAGUAGUAACUAGGGACAGACUCUUGUGUUCCAUACAUUUACACUAAAAUGAUAUUAAUUAUAAUAAAGGCGAUAAAGCAGAAGUUGGGCAAUGGUUCACUUGCGUAUGACGAUCAGUUUUCGAUGUAGUAAAAUACAAUGCAAAACACUCACUUAUUCAUUGUUUAUUCACUACCAGCGAAAGUUAAUCAAAAGACGCCUAUUAAUCGUCAUCCUCUUCUUUUUUAUUAUGCAGACCAUAUUAUUUUUACACCCGUUAUUACGCGCUCACAAGUAGGGGUAGCAUCGAAAAACACAUCGCUCUAUGUGUAAAAGAAUACACACAUAAGGGAGGCAACUACUGGAUUUGUAAGGAAUUGUUCCGCUUUAAAUUACAUGUUCCCUAAUUUGCAAUCGUGUAGAUGUAACUAUUGUAUGGUGAUGUACUCAGUUCUAUGCCACUACAUUGCGACUACAUUUUAAGCAUGUGCCUAAAUGCUGUUAGUCAAGUUCACUGUGUUGUAGUGUGUUGUAUCACCAAAAAACUUGCAGAUACAGGACGGUAUAAAUAAACACAGACAGUCUUAAUAUGCUUACGGUAUUUAAUGCACACACACAAAAUUUAAAUCAAGAAAAAAAUAAAUAUGAACGUGCGUCUAUAUGUGACCCUCCACGAAUGAGUCUUAAGUCGCGCGGAACAGUUUUGUGCUGGAGGCCCCGAAAGGUGAUAGGGUCAAUUUUGUGCAGUUUGAAUUUUCUUUAAAAAUUGAUCCUUGGUUCUUAUACUACCAGUAAAAUACACUACUAUGUUAAAAUAAAAUUUCGAAAUUGACUUAAAGUACGCUUUAACGGGAUACUCAAUGCUUGUGAUAAGACUCUGGCGACGGUCAAAAGUUUCAAAACUAUAUUUAGUUACAAUUAGAGAGCACAAGAGCAACACAGGAGGAAUAAAGGAUUCGUUUCUCACUUAAUUACCACUUAUUAGCUUAUUUCGGUUGCCGAUGUUUAUAAAAAUUGAAAAAAUCCAGUGAAAUUGACCAUUGUGUCCUUCCGCCGAGUAACCAGGAUAG